GUGGGAUUUAUUCGGAUGGUGGUCCAGGAGCGGAUUCCUAGCAACUCGUGCCUCCCCUCGUCCUUUUCCUUGCUUUUGCUCCUCCAGUUCUUCCUCCGUAGCCCUGGUGGCUCAAGCCUGGCUCUGGAUGCCAGGACAGGGUACUCCAUAAUGUUUGCCACAGUCUGCUUACCAGAUGAGUAUGCGCGAAUGUAGGCGGAAUGCGUGGGUCUUUACGCUUCUCGGUAUAUCUGUGCUGUGCUCUUGUACGCCAACGGAUGGGUUCACCGUGACCCCUUCGAGCCCUGUGACAGGCGACGCCGAGGAGUUGGUGAUUGCGGCGCCAGUUGUGGUGAACUUGCAGCUCCGCCAGUCAUCGCCUGGCAUGGUGCGCUUGGCAGAGGCGUCGCGUGUGACGACACUGGUGACGACAGCGUACAACACUGCGGUGUUCGUCCCGUGUCACGACUUGGUGGACUACAAGGUUGCGCUCCUCAGCAAGUUGGCUAAAGUGUCUCCCUAUCCGAUCGUAGUGGGGUACGACGUGAGCGACCAGCGGACCAUUCCACCAGCACAGCUGGCGAUGCUGAACGUCGCGCUCGAAGGGGCAAAGUAUGAGCCCCAGAUUGUGCAGAUGUCAUACCGCGCGUUGCUCCUGAAGCACGGCGAGAAGAUUUCCAAUUACUUGGGCGUCUACCAGACGAACCCGGCAAAGCUGGGAAUCAUGGACUGGUUCAACGCCUCCCGCUACAGUCACCUGUGGCACCUGGAGGAUGACGUGUGGGCCCCUGGGUUGGACACGAUCAUCUCGGAGUGGCAGUCGACCAGUUCGGACUUGAUCAUCAAAGACUCCUCGAGGCUGCCCUCAUGGGCUUCGGGGAACUGGCGCAUCGGAGACCCAAGCAUGAUCGCCAGGGGUCGCUUCGUGUACUGUAACCCUUCUGCGUUCCGCAUGAGCAAGCGCUUCGCUAGGUCCGUGCUCCAGACCAUCCAGGACUCGAGCACCACGAACCAUCACGAGCUGUGGUUCCCGUACGUGGUCGACCGGUGGGGCCUCUCCUGGACGAGCCUGCGGCACGCGGGCCAGCUGCGGACGAACGCCCGCUCGCUCGGAGGCGGAGCUCGCUGCCUGGACGAGGUCCAGGAUCACUCCAUCUUGCUGGCCCACCCCAUCAAGUGCAUGCGGCACCAGGAGCAGUCCGCAUGAGGAGGCUCCGCGUGGCGCCGCGCUGAGCGUGGACCGCAGACACGCCGGCGGCGAUGCAGGGAAGGGCGAUGCAGGUUUCGGUACUGUAGGUGGGGGUGGUUCGUGGCCAACUCGAUUGUAGGAAAGCGCUGUUCGCGUUCUCCCACAAUCCGCUCUGCGCGAGUUCGACGUCGCAAAAAGCAGAUGCCCAACAUCGCCGUUACACGACAGUCG